AUGAGGACACGGGAUAUACCCGCUGACAUCGCCAAAGAACCACCGGAGCAGCCACCUAGCUCCACCACCGGCAAGACGAAGAGACUCAAGGGAUUAGGAACUCGUUCGUGGAAUCCGAGCAAAGGACCCUCUUUUGUCACCGUUCGAUGCUACCGUUGUUGCGCCUAUCGAUGGCGGACUCUCAUCGUCCUGCCACUACUAGUCGUUGAUGUUGUCGUUCUAGUGGCCGUCGUGUUCCAGCCACGACUUGUCGUCGCCGCCUAUGCAGCCCUCAUGUCACUCCGGUUGUUUCUUAGCGUCCCAAGGGACGACCAUGCUUGUAUUUCACAAGGUUACGAGUGUGUUGCUGCUUCAAGUUCGAGUGAAGUGUGGUCGUUUGGUUUAGCCAGAAAUCAAGAGCGAGCACCAUCACUACCUGCCGCCGCCGACCACUAUAAGCCGGAGUUCAUGGAAUAG